UUAUCACGGACUUCACUUAUAUGACAAGAUUGAAGGGAGUUCUUGACGAAAAUAGAAGGGUCUUUAGAGAUGUCUUGCGUAUAUAUAUUAAAAAGAUAAGGCGAAAGUGCCGACCCCUGUGGGACACCAGUUUUGAUUACUCUUGUGGUUUAGUAAGCAGUACCAAUUUUGAUUCUGAAUGUUCUGUUGCUGAGAAAAGAGGCUAAUGAUCUGGAAAAUUGAGAGUGAUUAAUUUGUAAAUGAGGCCGUGAUGCCAUACCCUUUCAAAAGCUUUCGCGAUCUGAUGCAACAUGGUGAUGUCAGACUACUUCCAGUUAUUACCUUACGAGUAGAUCUACUAGAGAUACCUUUAUACCGUAUCUACGAGGUUCGCGUGGGCAAGAGGUCACUCAAAAGACUAGCCCAAUAGCCCUUUCUCUUUAACCCUGAGAGGCUACUGUUCUCCCAUGCGUAGAAGUAUCGCGAUUAUCAGCGUAUCGUAGAUAGACAAUAAUAUUCCGUUUCUACAUCUUGACACUCGAGAAUAAAAUACGAUCUGUGUGUGUGAAAUCAAUGGAAUGAGACUUACAAAAUACCUCGACUUCGACUUUAAUAGAUUUUCUGUCAUUAGUGGACGCGGUGUCUAUGAAUUUUUAUUGUGCAUUUCUUACCUGAAAAGUUAAAUAUAUAUGUAGUGUUAUUCUAGUGGUAUCUUUUUACUAGGUAGGAGCCACUUCUGCUGAUACGUCAUAUGUUACUUGUUAAAUGUGCAUUAGAUCACAUUGUGUUACUUUUUAAAUGUGCUUUAGAUUGUUAAAUGUCAUUCGAUUACACGAAAUGUCAGACGAAUUAGACGAUCUCAGUACUGUUGAUUGGGUUGAAGUGCCUGAUACUUCUUUCAUUGUAAAGUGCAAAUUUUCUGAUGUGGGUUAUAGUGUUUUGAUGUCUGAUCUAACUCAUCUAUAUGGAGAGCGAAUAAGGGAGUCAGAAGUUCAAGAAAGAUUCUGUAAAUUGAAUCCAUAUGCAGAGAUGAAAACAAGUGUAAUAAUAAAAAAUGUGAAAGAAACUUUAGAAGAAGGCCUUAGAGUUAAGACCUCCACACUUACUUUACAUCAGUUACCUGAAAAGUUAGUACUUCGUCUGGAAUUCAAAGCUGCCCAAGUAUCUUUCAUUUAUGAUUUGGAACUUGGCUUGUUAUCUGCUGACCAGCUGCGAGAUAAUAUUUUGGUUCCAACUAUUUUGAAUGCUUUAUUGAAUCACCAGAAACAUUUAGAGCUGAAAAAGAAAUAUGAAGCACUGGAGAAUGGCCAAUUGCUUCCAACAUCCAUGAAUA